UAAAUCUCAAAUACAGAGGGGUUCUGUCUCCUUCACUUUCUGUUUCUGUACAAUAACUUCAAUUUUCUUUUCAACCCAAAAUGAGUCAUUAUAAGCAGUUUAGUGUUCGAUCUGUUGCAACCUCAGGCAAGCCGGGCUUCAGCUCAUUUUCUGUGUCUAAAAGUGGUGGAGGUUUUGGAGGUUCUUCAGGAGGGGGUAGCUUUGGUAGCAGAAGUCUUUACAGUGUGGGGUCUAGGAAAGUCAGUUCCGUUGGCUCUGCAAGUGGAGGUGGCUUUGGAUUUGCAGCAGGUGGUUUUGGUGGAAGAGGUUUUGGUGGUGGAGUAGGUGGAGGAGCUUUUGGAGGGGCUGGCGGUGGUGCCUUCGGAGGAGCUGGCGGUGGUGCCUUUGGAGGAGCUGGCGGUGGUGGCUUUGGAGGAGCUGGAUUUGGAGGCUUUGGAGGUGCUGGCUUUCCUGGUGGACCAUCAGUUGGUAUUCAAGAAGUCACAGUCAACCAAAGUCUCUUGGCACCACUGAACCUGGAAAUUGAUCCAACUAUACAGAAAGUUCGACUGGAGGAGAGAGAACAAAUUAAAACUCUGAACAACAAAUUUGCUUCCUUUAUUGACAAGGUCCGGUUCCUUGAACAACAGAAUAAGGUACUUGAAACUAAAUGGAGCUUAUUGCAAGAGCAAGGAGGCCAAGUAAAGGGGUCAAGAAAAAACAACAUUGACCCUAUUUUUGACGCCUAUAUCAACAGCCUCAAGAGGCAACUGGAUGCUCUGCAAAAUGAUAAACUACGGCUUGAUGGGGAGUUAAGGAAUAUGCAAGACUUGGUUGAUGAUUUUAAAAACAAAUACGAAGAUGAAAUUAAUAAGAGAACAUCAGCUGAAAACGAGUUUGUUGUUAUUAAGAAGGAUGUGGAUGCUGCUUACAUGGGCAAGGUGGAGCUGGAAGCCAAAGUAGAUGCUCUGACAGAUGAACUCAACUUCCUGAGGACCUUCUUUGAAGCUGAACUGGGUGAGUUGCAGGCUCAGAUCUCUGACACCUCUGUUGUCCUGUCCAUGGACAAUAACCGAGCUUUGGAUCUGGAAAGCAUCAUCGCUGAGGUGAAGUCUCAGUAUGAAGACAUAGCGAAGAAGAGCAGAGCUGAAGCUGAAUCUGUUUACCAAGGCAAGGUUCAAGAGUUGCAGGCAUCUGCAGGUGAACAAGGAGAUGUUCUGCGCAACACGAAGAGUGAGAUCUCUGAGCUCAACCGCAAAUCCCAGAGACUGAAAGCUGAAAUUGAAAAUGUCAAGAAACAGAUCGCCAAGCUGCAAGCAUCUAUAACUGAAGCGGAGGAGCGUGGGGAUCUUGUUCUGAAAGAUGCUCAGUCGAAACUCGCCGAGCUGGAGGCUGCUCUGCAAAAGGUUAAGCAGGACAUGGCUCGCCAGCUUCGGGAAUACCAGGAACUCAUGAAUGUGAAACUGGCUCUGGAUGUUGAAAUUGCUACUUACAGAAAACUGCUGGAAGGAGAAGAAUUCAGGCUUAAUUCAGAUGUCAAUAAUGUCAGCAUUUCUGUCAUUAGUUCUGGUGGCAAAAGUUCCCUAGGAGGAGGAGGUGGUGGAUCUGGAGCAGGAUUCGGCUUCGGAAGUGGUGGUGCUGCCUUUGGUGGAAGUGGAGGGGCUGCCUUUGGUGGAAGUGGUGGCGCUGCCUUUGGUGGCAGUGGCGUUUCCUUUGGCUCAGGAGGUGGUGGAUUCAGCUCCUCAAGCUCCUCAUUUGGUGGUGGUGUCGGCAGUGUGCGAUAUUCAUCCAGUCAAUCCAGCUACAGGAGUUAAUUAAGCCAAGAAAUUAGGCCAAAAUCAGUGCCCAGAACACAAAAUGCAUUGCCUGCCUGUACAGAUACUACUGUUCCUUCAGAUUGCUGUAAACAUUCUGUUCUGCAGAUCCCAUCCUCAUGCCUUUCUCUUUCACUAAAACACACUAGUGGGGGGAUGAGAAAGUAAUCACUCUCCAACAGAAAGGGCUUUGGUGUAGCCAUGUCUCCUACUGCCUUUCCUCAAUAAGGUGCUCUCAGUCCAUGCUUGUCCCUCAAGCAGUUCAUUUUCUGUGCAGGAGAAACAGGAAAAGAUCUACAUUGAUUUACAAAAUAAUAAAAAACCAUAAAAAUAACAAAAAACAAUACAGUGAAAUGCACAUUUUUGGUACAAUCUCUCCAAAAACUUUAGCUUUGUAUGAAAUUAGGUGUCAAUUGCAAUAUAGGCAUUAGCCUCAUAUGUGGCUCUAGUGCAACAUUAAUGCUUUAUAAAGGUAAAACCAUCAGUGCAGGUCCCUGCAGUGGCACAAAUGGAAGCAAACAUGAGCAGUCUUUAUGAAGCAGUUGUUACCUUUUUUCUUACAUUUGUACCAAUUUGUGAACCCCCUCCACUAGGUGUUACUGUUAUGUUUCUGUUAAUGUGCACUGAGCUUAAGCAAAGCUGAAGUUGUAGCACAAAUAAACAGAAUCCUGUUGCAAUAUUAA